AUGUUUAUUAAAAUUAAAUUGGAACCUCAAAGUUUAAAGGCUCUAUCGCCACUUAAGAAUAUUUCAUAUUUUUCUAUCGAUGAUGAUGCAACCAUUAGUAAUUUAAAGAAGAAAAUUGAGGAAUAUGUUGAUGUUCCUGCCGCUCGUCAAGACAUUCGUACACUGACAAAAGUUUUCCAAAACAGUUGGUUUGUAAAGGAAGUAUGCGAUGUUCGUGGCUCAGCUAUAAUGCUAUACGCAUAUGAUGAAUACUAUGACAAUCCUCAAUUUGUAUGUUUCUUGCAAGUGUAUACGAAUGAAUUGGCUGUUCAGCAGCAAGAGCUUGAAAAUCAUUCAAAACUGCCCAUAGCCAAGGUUAAAUUACCGACACCUAGUUCCACAUCAUCGAUAACACUGAUCGCCGAUUCGGAUAUAGAGAGCAAUUCUGAAGCAACGGAUACUGAAACGGAUUCAAGUAAAAAUAGUGAUUCGGAUGGUACGGAUAAUUCAGAUUCAUCAUGUGGCAGAAAACGCAGUAAACAUGUCAUGAAAAAUGUUUCACAAACUAAAAAGUUAAAAGUUACAGCCUCUUCGGGAAGUCAAUACUCGGAAACUUUAUGCCAGUAUUUGGAUGAAUUUCCAAAAUGUUCGAAGCAAUCAAAUUCAACUGAAGGGUCAGAUAAUAAAACAUUAAAACCAGCUUCAACUGAAUGUCCUAAUAAAGACACCAUCUCGAAUGAGAACAGCUCAUUAUGCAAAACGAGCACAGAUAAGGCAGUAAUUGAAGAUAACAAUAAACAUCAGGAAAAUACUAACACCCAAGCUUCUCUUGGAACAAAUCCACUAAGUAGCAGUUCAUUAAAUUCUAAUUCAAGCAUCAAAAUACAAUCGAAUAUUAUUACAACCACAAAUAACAAGUCCAAUAACAAUAAUAUCCAUCCUUGUUAUAACAUUAAUCCUGAAAUAAGAGAUUACUUGGCCAUUAUUUCUUCAAACGAUAUGAAUACCACUAUCAGUAAUGUCGAAUGUGAAGAAUUGUUAGUUUGGUUUUUUGAUCGAUUUCGUGCAUGUGAUUCAUCCAGUCAUCUACAGUUUGAUAACAAAACAGCGAUAACACUAUUUGAUGGUAAACUUUGGAUAGCCUGCAUGAAUAACAAUACGUUUCAAUGGAUAUCUACAAGUAUAACAAAAUAUUCCCCGAAAUCUUACAAGAUAUUAUCCCUAAAAGAUUCAAAACAUUUGUGUGAAGUUGUGGUUCCAGUUGUUUCAAAUAAAAAAAGUGUUUUAGAUAUUUUUGAUUUGUUGGAAAAACAAAACAAAAAUAUCACAACAUUAAAAUGGUCGUUGCAAAGUCGCAAGCCCUUAACGGCCACGGAUGUAGAUUUUAACGAGAAAGCCGUAUCAGCAUUUUGUACAAACGAAAUGUUUAAUAUUGUUGUGGAUACGGAAAGUAGAGAAUAUUUAGAAAAAUUAGAUUUUAAGUUAAAAUACUGUUUCUGGCAAAUUGUAUUAAAAUUUAUUUAA